UGUUGUGUAUCUGUGUGACAUUCUCAGGGCGCUGUGCUACAUUGUAUCCCGCUCGGAGAGGCUGGCUAUCUCUCCGGCCUCCCGCACAAGGGGCGUUCACACACACACAGAGUGCUAUUCCACCCAGCCCCAGAACAGAGCCACCCUCUUCCCUCAGUCAUCGAUCCCAGCCGAGCCUGCAAACCGGGAGAUUUGAGUGGGACCUACUGGCUGUUUGACCGUCUGUGUUGCCUCCCUUGUCUCUGUCUGUGCCACACGCCGAGGAGGAGGUCUGUCUCUGAACAAGAAAGAUGACCGAGUACAAACUAGUGGUGGUCGGAGCUGGUGGCGUAGGCAAAAGCGCUCUGACAAUCCAGCUUAUUCAGAACCAUUUCGUAGAUGAGUAUGAUCCCACGAUAGAAGAUUCUUACAGAAAACAAGUAGUAAUUGAUGGAGAAACGUGUCUUUUAGAUAUUCUCGACACAGCAGGUCAAGAGGAGUACAGUGCAAUGAGAGAUCAGUACAUGAGGACGGGCGAGGGCUUCCUAUGUGUCUUUGCCAUAAAUAACACUAAAUCAUUUGAAGACAUUCAUCAUUAUAGAGAACAGAUAAAACGGGUAAAAGAUUCUGAUGACGUCCCCAUGGUGCUAGUGGGAAAUAAAUGUGAUUUGCCCUCGAGGACAGUGGAGACAAAACCAGCCCAGGAUCUAGCACGCAGUUACGGAAUUCCUUUCAUUGAAACAUCGGCAAAAACGAGACAGAGAGUGGAGGAUGCAUUUUAUACACUGGUACGUGAGAUUCGGCAGUAUAGGUUGAGAAAAAUCAACACUGAAGAGAAGACUGCACGCUGUGUGCCCUUUAAAUGUAUUGUGAUGGGUGUUGACGAUGCUUUCUACACACUAGUCCGUGAAAUUCGAAAACACAAAGAGAAAAUGAGUAAAGGUGAAAAAAAGAAGAAAAACAAAACUAAGAAGAAGUGUUUAAUUAUGUGAAUAGGUUUUAAUGCUUAGCUGGAUAAGUGAUAUCUGAUUAUUUUUUGUAUUUUUUUGUACAUUACAGUAAAUUAUUAGGCUUUCUUUUUAUUGUCCUUUUAUCAAAUUCAGUUUAACAGAACUGACAGCUGUUGGGUCAUGGCCUGAUUUUUUUUUUAAAAAAAUGCUUAAUUUCUUUCCAAUGCCAGUAUUCCGAGUGUCUGUCAUUGUUUUGUUAAAUAGCAUAACUGUCGGUCUGAAAACAAAUCAGUUACUCCUCCAGGACUUUUGCGCAUGUAACUAUGCUUUUCUAAAUAAAUUUUGUCCUUAUUUAUCAUGCUGAAAAUAUAUAAAUGAAAAAGUAUAUAUUUCCUCUUGAGUGCCAAUAGCCUGCUAGGUUCCACCUGUCAUGAAUGGUUUACCUGGGAUAUAUUUUAAUAUCUUUGUAUGGUUGUAAAACUUAAAAGGUGCACAUUUUAUACAUUGUGCUUUAUUUGUCAAUGAUUUCAUUUCUCUGAAUUCUUUUAAUUGUGCUGACUUGAGAAUGUUCAUUAAUGUUCUACAGAACUGACAAGUGGCCAGUGUCAGACUUUGUAAUGUUUAUACUGUAGAAAGUUUGUCUGAUAUUUGUUGUAAUGGCUUUAAUGACAAAAAAAUGUACUUUUUAGUGAUUAAAAAAUAAAGCAAUCCAA